CCUCCUCUCCUUUUCUAUUCGGCAACCAUCGCCGCCUCUAUCGUUUCCCAUAGUGCGAUGUCUACAGCUGAAAUGGGAACACACACUAGGAUUUGGGUGCUGCUCAUUGUUUUGUCACUUUCGACCACAAACCUAAUAAAUUUCUUCAUACAAGCAGAGAAAUACUCCAACUUGCAUUCUUCGACAUUGUCCGAGACAAACACGAACAGUCACAGUAGUAGUAGUAGUAGUAGUAAUAAUAAUAAUAAUAAUAAUAAUAAUAACAAAAAUAAUAAUAAUAAACAUCACAAUAACAAUCAUAAUCAUAACAAUAAUAAUAAUAAUGAUAAUAGGUACGUAAAUAGUGGUGAUAAUAACGAUAGUGUCAGCAAAAGGUCCCAAAACCAAAACCCUUCACCUAAUGGAAUAUUUGUAAACGGAGUACCAUCGAACCCUACCGGCUCUAAACACCAGUCCACGGCGUCUUCUAAGAAGAAACUAGAGGACUUUAAAGAAUACGACUGUCCAGAUCACAAUCCAUCCUGUUUAAAAGACAAGGAAAACUUCAAUGCUAUCAAGACACUACAUGAUUUGAUUGAUGAUGAUAGGAAUGGCAACGUUGAUCAAACAGAAAGUGAUGAGUUUUUACGAGUGGAAUUACAGUAUACGGACGGCUUUGAAAGGCAUUUUACAUUUCAUGGGAAUGACGGAUUUAUUAGCGUUGAAGAUCUUUGGAAGUCUUGGAAACAGUCUGAAGUCUACAACUGGACUGUUGAUGAUGUCGUCGAUUGGUUAGUUCACCAUGUUGAAUUACCUCAGUAUGUAACGAAUUUCCAAACUUACAAAAUCGACGGAUCAACGUUACCAAGAAUGGCUGCCAGCCAUCAAUACCUAAGUACUAUUGGUGUGAAGAACAAUGUACACAAACAGAAGCUGUCUUUGAAAGCAAUGGAUGUUGUGCUGUUUGGACCACCAAAGAAAGGUCACAGUUAUAUUAAAGACUUGACCUUGAUUGCUUCUCUCAUCAUUGCCAUUGGUGGAUGCUGGUUUGCGUAUCUUCAACACAAAUAUUCUCAGGCUCACGUGAAAAAAAUGAUGCGGGACUGGGAAUCUCUUCAAAUAGCAGAAGAAUCCUUAAAAGAAUUGCAAGAACGUCAGCAGCCUGAUUCAGAUAUCAAGCUUCUCAGAAAGCAGAGCCUUGAUGAAAUAUCUCGUGGGAAAAUAGAAGAAGAGCUGAAGCAGGUGAAAGCAAAUUUGAGAAAGGCAGAAAAAGAGCUUGAAAGCAGACAAUGGUCAUCAGCACCAGCAGACUUACAGAAAUGGCUUCAACUAACUUACGAAAUAGAACUACAACAUCAUAAUAAUAAGAAACUAGCAGCUGAGAAUCAACUGAGAGAAGCACGAGAUUGUUGUGAAAAAUUAAAGAAGAAAAGGAAUGCUUUUAUGGGGCCUCUUAGAAUUGCUCACGGAAAUUCUAUUGAUGAAGUUGACAAACGAAUCCUCAAUGCAAGAGCUUCAUUAGAAGUGGUUCACCAAGAUUUGCAAGAGCGCCUUGGUCGAUGGAGAGCUAUUGAACGCCUCUGUGCAUUUUCUGUGACCAAAAAUUCAGGAUUGGCUUCCCUGAUGCAAACAAUGCAUCAAGACAAACUAACUCCAGGUUUCCCUGCGAAAACUCCUUCAAGUAAAGAUCUACAGACCUAUCCCAAAAAUCUUAGCUCAUCUCUGAAUCGGAGAUCUAUAGAUACUAUUUCUAAUCAUUCAGGCGGAAGCCCAAUAAGCCCGGAAUCAGAAGUCACUUUCCACCUUGGAGAAAGCCCUCCACAUUCUUUGUGUCAUGAUGAUGUGGCACCACCUCCAAGCUAUUCUUCAGUCAAUACAGUGGUACCAAGUGGCUCUGGAAAAGUUUACAGUUCUAGUGGAUAUAUGCCGAUGACCAAAUCUGAAAGUCUCAUUCGUAACCGUUUUGACAGCCUCAUCUCAUCCACUUCGGAAUCCAGUUUGACUGAGCUGGAUCAACGGAAGCAAUCAGAAAGUUCUUUAAGGAUGACCGGCUCAUCGGUACUUCCUUUAACCGUGGAAGAAGGAUGUGAUUCUGAGACGGAAUCCACUGAAAGUACAGAAGAUAAAAAGAAGUCCAGAAAGAAAAAAGUUCUUGGAAAGAUUUUCCGUCGCAACGGAGAUGUAAAGAAGAAGUCUUAACUGGAACAACUGGUCUCCAUGAGUUUUUUUUUUCUAAUUUUCUUUUUUUUUUCUUAAAUUCUCAGUUGAAAUAUUCAUUUAACUGAUAACUGAAGAAAAUUAUCAGAAGCUGGUGGACUGUCAAAAAUAAGUUGUUAUAUUUUUUAUAAAAAAAAAAAAUGCAACAAAAAAAGCAAAAAAAAUUACAAUAAUUGAGAAAAAAUUUUUUGAAACUACAAAAAAAAAAAAAGAGAAAAAUGUAUUGAACUCUAUGUGCAUUGGCAGAAUUUUUGAUCUUUGAUUCCAUUCUAGAGAUAUACCUAAUAGUUUACUGAUAUAUAUAUAUAUAUGUAUAUAUAUAUAUAUAUCAUAUAUAUAAUAUAUAUAUAUAUAUAUAUAUAUAUAUAUACAUACCCAGAAUCUGAUCUGGUCCUUCCUUCCCCUAAACUUCUU